GUCUCCUGGAAAACAGAAGCAAAGAACCUUCCCAACUUCUACAGUAACAAGCGCACCGAAUUUUGCGGUAUGAUGGUCAAAUUUCUUCCUGUCUUCCAUCACAAACGGCCCCCCUCAACGCCUGGAUCCUCGGUACUGGCCGGCCCCGGCCUUGGGUAGUAACCAUAAGUAUCGAAUGAUCACUCGGGAGAAUCUUCCCACUCAUGUGACAUUGUCGUUGCCUGACGAGCACAAUUGCUUAAAUCCUGCCCUUGUCGGAAGCCUGUGUCGUCUUCUGAAAGGUCCUCCUAGCUCCUCGUUUUCAGCACGAGAGCUUUCAUCGCAUCCUUUACCAUGGCUGCCGCACCAGAGCCAACGGUCGAUGGACUGCUGGGCGGUCUAGUUAUCUGUUUCUGCUUCGUGUUCAUGCUGUAUGGCGUCACAGUAACACAGUCAUAUGUCUACAUGCUGAACUGCAAGGAUGACCCAAAGUGGAUGAAGUUAUUGGUCGCGACGGUACUGAUCCUUGAGAGUCUCCAUAGCGCAUUCGCGAUGCGGUUUCUCUACUAUUCCGUGAUCAUUGCAUUCGGUAGCGUGGAACUAGUAGGACAAAUCGAUUGGAGUCUAGGACCUGUCAUCCUACUAGAAAAUGCUAUUGUUGCCGCGGUUGAAGGUUUCUUUAUCCGCCGCAUGUGGAUCCUGAGUAACCAUUCAUACGUUCUAACUUUCGGCACCGCAUUUUUGCUGUGCGCCCGUAUUGGCUGCCACACAACUGCUGCUGUCUUCGCACUCACGUCCGGAACCUGGGCUGACUUCCAAGCUGCCCCUGGCCCGAAUAUCACAGUGGAGGUUUCAAACGCACUUUCCGCAGCUGUCGAUGCCAUCAUUGCUACGAGUAUGAUAUACUAUCUGCAUCGGGGACAGUCUGGUCAAGCAAGGACCGACGGUGUUGUGAAAUGGCUGAUGUCCUAUGCUAUCAACUCGGGUGCCAUGAUGAUGAUUGUUUCUUUGGCUAUUGCAAUCACGUAUGUGAAAGUCAAGGAGAGUCUUCUCUUCCUGGGUUUGGUUAUGAUUGUCAGCAAGCUGUACGCCAAUUCGUUGCUGGGAACACUCAAUGCAAGACAACUUCUUCGCAGCAAGACUGCUCGUGCGGCUGGAGUUGGCGGAUCCAGUAGAUCGAACGCGUACGAGCUGUCCAAGAUCCAAGUCACAUCAUCUGGACAGAUGCGGCCUAUUGAGAUCUAUCGAGAGAAGACUCAAGUCACCGACGCCGUCGCGCCUUUCGAGGACGAUGAACUUUCUCAAGGGAAGCAACCGUCAUUGAACCCUGUAUAGAUUUUAUUCCGUAUCAGUGCACUUACCGACCUCAUAUCGGUCUUGCCUCCUGUUACACCCUGCCAUUCGCUUGCUAUUCCGUCGGUCUUUAUGCUUAUCAUUGGAAUUUUCGUGGGCCUCUAUCUCAUGCAUCAAUAAUAUUACACGCAACCAAAACUGUGGUCUCGAUAACCCUUCAUGAUCUCGGGAUGGAGGUUUCUUCACGAAUUAGACGGAUUUUUGUUUUAUUGUACUGAUAUCUUCCAGGAAGUACCCUACGUAGACGUCGGUCAUUGGCCGCAUUCAAGAAUCAGUACGCGCUUCGUUCUGUAUU